AAAACAGGGUCAAAGAUGAUGAGAAGUCUUCGAAUCCAUCAGUACAUCAUUUUCCUUGCUACGCGCUCGUUUACAUCGACGAAAAUGAUUGUUCGCCAUUGUGGGACGUUAUGGGCGAUCGCGCUGCUCGUUCUUCUCGUGAGCUUAUCGUUCUCGGAAUCUGUGAAAUUACGAAAACCACGAAAGAGGACUACGAUGAAAAGCCCCUAUCAACAGUCCAGGAUCGGACCGGUGAUCAUAAAAGUGAUGCACAAAUAUAACGAUGACGCUCUCGCUCGCGGCGCGUCCGCGUCGGGCGGUUGCGCUAACGGCAACUGCAGAAACGCCCGCGAUAAAUUCCACCUCAACGUUAACGAAGCGAUAUCCGAGGAAGACAAUUUCCUAUCGGACGAGGAGUCGUUGCGUUACGUCGUGCACCCGCAGAAGUACGAGCAUUUCGUAUUGAGAAAGAAUACGGGAGCGCACGUCAACAGAUACAAAAGGGACCCUGCAUUUUCGGAAUUACAUUCGUCCAAUGCGAGCGACCGCAUAGCGCUUGAUCGCGACGACGACGGAACGAAAGAGACUAAAGCGAAUUUCACGAGAGUUCCACUAUACAGAAUUGACAAGAUUAAAAGAGAUCUUUCGGAACGUUUAAGCGAAGCGAGCAAUGUAUCGAAACACGAGAAUAAAGGAAAUUUCACAAGAGUUCCGCUGUACAGAAUUGACAAACAUAAAAGAGAUCUUUCGAAACAUUUAGGAGAAGGUGAAAUAUCGACAAAUGACACUAAAGCAAAUCUCACGAGAGUUCCACUAUACAGAAUUGACAAGAUUAAAAGAGAUCUUUCGGAACGUUUAAGCGAAGCGAGCAAUGUAUCGAAACACGAAAAUAAAGGAAAUUUCACAAGAGUUCCGCUGUACAGAAUUAACAAAAAUAAAAGAGAUCUUUCGAGACUUUUGGGAGAAGGUGAAAUAUCGAGAAACGAGACUAAAGCAAAUCUCACAAGAGUUCCGCUAUACAGAAUUGACAAGAUUAAAAGAGAUCUUUCAAAGCAUUUAAGCGAAGCGAGUAAAACGUUGAAAAACGAGAAUAGAGGAAAUCUAAUAAGAAUUCCGCUAUACAGAAUUGACAAUACAAGGGAUCAUUCGAAAGUUUUAAGCAAAAACGAGAAUAAAGGAAAUUUUACGAGAGUUCCACUGCACAGAAUUAACAAGAAUAAAAGAGAUCUUUCCAACUUUUUAGGCGAAGCGAAUAAAGUAUCGGAAAACGAGAAUAAAGGAAAUCUUACGAGAGUUCCGCUGUACAGAAUUGACUACAAUACAAGAGAUCCUCCGAGAAGUACAAGUAACCUUAGCACCGACUAUUUUUCGAGAAGAAACGACAGUGACUAUUACGCGCAACGGAAAGCCGUCAUGGAUAGAUAUUACGCUCGGCAGCGUGAGAUAAACGCGCGGUACGCUAAUCGAACGACUGUUACUCCGAGAUUGGAGCACUGGAGCAACGCGUCGCAGCAUCGUUUGGCAACGAGUAACGCUACUCUCUUCAACCUCGGACGUGUGUACCCCAGUAAGGACUCGACGACGAGGGACAGCGUGACUUUUCGUCAUCCGUCCGCGAAGAUCGAUCCGAUAUACAGCAAUGAAUCGCGAUACAUUAGGAUACCGACCGACCUGAACAGUCAGCGAAACAUUGCCCCGGAAAUCGGUCUCGGUUUCAAAUCCGACGCCGAGUUGUCUCAAACGAGAAGCAGCAGUAACAUCGAGAGAAACGCGUUGGAUUAUUUUGUUACACCCACGCCAUGCACGAAUUUGUCCUCAUCUGGCACUUUAGCUCCGAAAACACGAAUCAAGCACGCUAAAAAUUGUACAGGGCAGGACACCGAGGAUUGUAACAAUUCGACGGAUAACGCUAACGUCGAGGGCAAGCUACGGAAGGCAAGCUACGGAUGGGGAAGAUGCGAAGGAAAGAUCGUGUACCAGCACAAUUUGCUUCUGGGAUUAACGGGUCCCUCGAUCCUUGACGCUUUGUUCGAGGUAAUCAUUCAGGGCCCCGUCUGCAUCACCUGCGUGGAGGCGUUGCAAUUUAAUGAAACCAGAGCGACAGUCAUGUUGGAUUCCGGGGGACCUGGUCACGAAUAUGCGAAGCUUAGGUUACAGGGUUAUCAGAACGAAGGAUUUUCCUACAUAAUAAAGGUCUGGGGCAUCAACAAAACUGGUCAGGUUUGCGAUAAUGUAGACGUAGACUAAUCGAGAUGCGAGUAACGUGUCAAAUGAGUGAGCCAAGUAACACCACACGUCACGCAUACGUAUAAAAAAAAAUCUUUAAUGUAAAAAAAUUAAGUAAUGUUUUUAUAAAUAUGUUGUAGCAUUGUU